AUUUGUUCAGUUCGUGUUUUGUUGCUUGUGGCUCCACCUACCUUUACCAAGUGUUCAUUAACAAUGGCGCCCGUAGCGAAGCCAAAGGAUGCUAAAGAUAAAAGAGAUGUUAAAGAUAAAACCAAAAACCACAUGAGGGAAUUGCAUAUCCGAAAACUAUGCCUAAACAUUUGUGUUGGAGAAUCUGGUGACAGACUUACUCGUGCCGCUAAGGUAUUGGAACAGCUCACAGGCCAACAACCAGUAUUCUCAAAAGCCAGAUACACUGUCAGGUCUUUUGGAAUUCGUAGAAAUGAAAAAAUAGCUGUACAUUGCACAGUCAGAGGUGCCAAGGCUGAAGAAAUCUUGGAAAGGGGUUUAAAAGUUAGAGAAUAUGAAUUGAGAAGAGAUAACUUCUCAGCAUCUGGUAAUUUUGGAUUUGGUAUCCAAGAACACAUUGAUCUUGGUAUCAAAUAUGACCCUAGUAUAGGUAUUUAUGGUCUUGACUUCUAUGUUGUAUUGGGACGACCUGGAUUCAAUGUAGCCCACAGGAGAGCAAAGAGGGGAAAAGUUGGAUUUUCUCACAGGUUGACUAAAGAAGAUGCCAUGAAGUGGUUCCAACAGAAAUAUGAUGGUAUAAUUUUAGCAAGUAAAGCCAAAAAAUAAGAUGUUUAAUGUUAACAUCAUUAAUAAAAAUAUUUUGACAAACUUUGC